GAUCAAAGCCCCGCAGACCCACGGCGAACCCGCUGUCUCUCUGGCCAUGCCGCCCUUCACCGUUGAGCAGGUGAGAGGCGUCAUGGACAACACGGAGAGGAUCCGGUCUCUGAGCAUCAUCGCCCACGUGGACCACGGCAAGACCACGCUGGCGGACUCCCUGGUCUCCCGGGCCGGCAUCAUCAGUGCCAAGGCAGCCGGCGAGAGGCGAUUCACACACGGCCGCAAGGAUGAGGAGGAGCGUGGCGUGACCAUCAAGAGCACGGGGGUCACCCUGCCUUUCGACUAUGAUGCGGGCGACGGAGCUGUGCCAUACCUGGUGAACCUCAUCGACUCCCCGGGCCACGUGGACUUCUCCUCCGAGGUCACUGCUGCCUUGCGCAUCACCGACGGCGCUGUAGUGGUGGUGGACUGCAUCGAGGGCUGUGCGGUGCAGACCGAGACAGUGCUAAGGCAAGCCUUGCAGGAGAGGGUCAAGCCUUGCCUCUUUGUGAACAAGGUUGAUCGCUGCAUCUUGGAGAUGCAGAUGGAACCGGAGGACAUGUACCUGCGCUUCCGGAAUGCUGUAGAGAAUGUGAACGUCAUCAUUGCCACCUACAACGACGCCUCCAUGGGCGACUUGCAGGUGCGCCCGGAGGCCGGGAACGUGGCAUUCGGCAGCGGUUUGCAUGGCUGGGGCUUCACCUUGGAGCACUUCGCGGGGCUUUUGGCAGCCAAGGCGGGUGUAGAGAAGGCGCGGAUGAUGGACAAGCUCUGGGGUGACUGGUUCUUCCAUGCCAAGCGCAAGGUUUGGACCAACCAGCAGCAGCCAGAGGAUUGUGCGGAGCCGUUGCAACGGGGCUUCUGCCAGUACAUCAUGACGCCCAUUUGCCAGUUGAUCCAGGCCAUCAUGGAGAAGGAUUCGAAGUAUGAGAAGAUGAUGGAUCGCCUUGGCAUCGUCUUGAAGGGCGAGGACCGGGAGCUCACAGGGAAGGCGCUCAUGAAGCACGUCAUGCAGAACUGGCUCAGCUGCGGGGAGUCACUGCUCUCCAUGGUGGUCACCAAGCUGCCUUCGCCCAAGGUGGCACAGCGCUACCGAGUGGAGAACUUGUACGACGGGCCCAUGGACGACCAGGCGGCCUUGGCCAUUCGCUCCUGCGACCCUGCAGGGCCUCUGAUGAUGUACAUCUCCAAGAUGGUGCCAGCCCCGGACAGGAGCCGCUUCUACGCCUUCGGCCGAGUCUUUUCAGGGACGGUCAGCACCGGGCAGAGGGUGCGCAUCCAGGGCCCCCACUACCGGCCUGGCACCAAGGAUGACCUCCACGUGAAGGCCAUCCAACGCACCGUGCUGAUGAUGGGCCGUGGGACGGAACCCAUCCAGGACGUGCCUUGCGGUAACACAGUGGCAUUGGUGGGCGUGGACCAGUACAUACUCAAGUCCGGCACCAUCACCACCUUGGAGGAUGCCCACAACUUCACGGACAUGAAGUACAGCGUCUCGCCAGUGGUGAAGGUGGCAGUGAAGCCGAAGGACGGCAAGGACUUGCCCAAGCUGGUGGAGGGUCUGAAGAAGCUCUCGAAGUCUGACCAGUUGGUGGUCUGCAGCACUGAGGAGAGCGGCGAGCACGUCAUCGCCGGCUGCGGCGAGUUGCAUGUGGAGAUCUGUCUGAAGGACCUGAGGGAGGAAUUCGCACAGUGCGACUUCACCGUGUCCGACCCGGUGGUGUCUUACCGUGAGACGGUGACGCAGCAGUCCAGCCAGACCUGCUUGGCCAAGUCGGCGAACAAGCACAACAGGUUGUACUUCACAGCAGAGCCGCUGCAGGAAGAGCUGGCGCAGGCUUUGGAAGAUGGCACUUUGGGCCCCAAGGUGGACCCAAAAGCCGGCGCCAAGAUUCUGACCGAGAAGUUCGGCUGGGACAAGCAGCAGGCCCAAAGCAAGAUCUGGUGCUAUGGGCCCGAAGGGGACGGGCCCAACAUGGUGGUGGACUGCACCGUGGGAGCCCAGUACCUGAACGACAUCCGGGACUCGGUGACGAGCGCCUUCCAGUGGACCAGCAAGGAGGGCGUCUUGUGCGAGGAGAACCUGCGGUCCGUGCGCUUUAACCUCACAGAGGUGAUGCUGCAUCCGGACAAGGUGCACCGGGGCGCCGGUCAGAUCUCGCCGGCCUUGCGGCGCUGCUGCUUUGCCUCCGAGCUCACAGCCAAGCCGACCCUGCAGGAGCCGGUCUUCUUGGUGGAGAUCUCAUGCCCCAAAGAUGCCCUGAGCGGAGUCUACAGCUGCCUGAACCUGCGCAGAGGAUGCGUCUUCGAGGAGAACCAGCGCGAGGGCACGCCGAUGGUUCAGGUCAAGGCGCAUCUGCCGGUGGCGGAGUCCUUUGGCUUCGUGGCCUCUUUGCGGCAAGCUACCAGCGGCCAGGCCUUCCCCCAGUGCGUCUUCGACCACUGGGAGAGUCUGCCUGGCAACUGCCUGGAGAAGGGCAGCAAGAUGGAGGAGCUGGUCCUAAGCAUCCGCAAGCGCAAGGAUUUGAAGGUCCAGAUGCCAGUUCUGGGUGACUACCUGGACAAGUCUGGCUACGUGGUGGUGAUCGAUGCUGGCAGCACUGGGUCGCGAAUCCAUGUCUUCAAUUACGAGUACCGCACCCUGGAGACACGCAGGUUCCCACUGAUUGUGAGCCCUCCGCUGACGUUGCCGUCAGAAAUCGCGGUGGCCAGCAGCCGCCCGGGGUUGUCCUCCUUCUUGCACCACCUCGACAGCAUCCCCAGGCACUUGGAAGAGUUGCUGAAGCAUGCAGCAGACGCCUUGCUCUUGCACAAUCCCCACGUGGACCUGAAGCUGGUGCCCCUUUACCUGGGCGCCACCGCUGGGCUGCGGGAGAUCUCCUCGGAAGACCGGGACGCGGUGAUGAGGGCUGCAAGAGGAUAUUUGCGGAAGCAGCGAAUCUUCCCAGUGACUCGCGACGAGCAGGUGCGGGUGCUAUCGGGCGAGGAAGAGGGAGCCUUCGGGUGGCUGGCGCUCAACCAGUUGCAGGCAGGGAUCAGCCCAGAUCCAGACACGACUUUGGGGGCGCUGGACUUUGGUGGGGCCUCUGCGCAGAUUGCAUUCGUGCCGCAGGAGACGUCCAUCCUGGCCAACCUCUUUCCCAUGCACUUUGGCGGAAGCAUUCGAGGCCCUAUUCAUCUCUACUCAAAGAGCUUCAACGGCUUUGGCAAUGUGAUCGCCUUCCAGAGAGCUACGCGCGUGCUGAUGGCGGGUCUGAAGCACAGCGAUCCUCAGGAAGUGAAGCAUCCCUGCCUGCCAACGAACCUGACCUGGAAGGUUCGCAUCGGCGAGUUCGGCGUGAGCAUCUCGAAUACCAAGCCAGAGCGCACUGGCGGAACGCUGAAGAUGGUGGGGACGGGCGACUUCUAUGCCUGCUAUAAGUUGGCUGUCGCGCUCUUCGACAAGGACACGCCGUGCUUGUUGUCCCCCUGUUCCAUCAUGGGCGUCUACCAGCCAGACAAGAACGGGAGCAACUUCGUACUUUUUGGUGCGCAGCAUCGCUUUCAGCAAUGGGAGGUACUUCCUCUCAUGCAGCAGGGCGUGCCGCUGUUACAAGCGCUGAAGAUCCAGCUGCCCCGGCUUUGCUCUUUGCCGGUGGAGACGCAGGUAGAGCUGUUUAGCGAUCCUGCCAUGAGGCACGGCCCAGACUGCUGGGUGGCCACCUGGAUCUAUGCCAUGCUGCGGGAUGGCUUGGGCUUUACAGCUCAUGGUCCUCAGAUAGAUGUGGUGCAAGGCUGCUGUGACCACACGCUCGGCCAUGCCACCUACGAGGUCAACUUCUUCCCCUACAGUGUCAGCCGGUCUAGCUACUCGACACUGGCGUCCGAGCAGCUGGUCCUAGGAGCAGAUUCAGCGCCCAUGGGAUGGGCGUUUGCUGGACUUCUCUCGGUUGCUGCCCUCAUGGGCAUCGCGACAGCGCGGCGCAAGACCAGCUAUAGUGAGCCCUUGCUCCAGGCGGUCUGAGUGAGGAUUUCGCGCCGAGCGCGCUUUGCUUCAAAAGCGCUCCGUGUUGAGGCCGACUCAGGUUUGGUCAAACAAACGGUGUUGAUCUGAAUGUUGCAUGGCUAAAUAGAG